GAGCGCUCCGUACUCAGUCUUGGUUUUUCUCUGAAAUUUUCGGCUUUGGGAUUGAAUGCACUCUGCGUUUCAACGGAUCAACACGCUCUCUGCGUUCUCCGUGUCGGUGCUGACGGCGCUGGCGAUCGGCUGCUUCCUGACGUCGUACAUGUACAGCCCGAACGCCAAUCCCGAGGUCGACGUCCGGUUGCUCCAAUUACGCACAAUCUUCUACUUUGACCAGAGCGUCGAUGUGGCUGCGCUGACGUUCGAUCUUCACGCUGAUUUCUCAAGCGUCAUGAAUUGGAGCACCCAUGUCGUAUUCAUCUAUCUGACGGCCGAGUACGAGACUCAAAACAAUCGUGUCAACCAGGUGGUUGUGUGGGACAAGAUUCUCCAGCAAGGAGACAACCCAGUGCUCAAUUACAAGGAGCAGCCGGGCAAAUACGGCCUUUUCGACGAUGGAACUGGGCUAAGAGGAAACAAGAAUGUCACCUUGUCCCUCCAUUGGAACGUUAUUCCAUUGAUCGGGUCACUGCCACGCUUCUCGGGCGGCCAUCGUCAAGUCUCCUUCCCUCAGCAAGAUUCCCUAUGAUUCUCACCGGCGCUCAGCGUUCCGGCUUUCCCUGGGGGAUUUGUUUUUUCUAGUGUUUGUUGAAAUGUACAUUGAUUAUAAUUUUACACUGCAAUUCC